AUGGCACACGGCACCUUGAGGGGAGUUGCAGGGUUCUGCCACUUCAUGGUUUUUGCCUCGGCCGUUAUUAUCACGGGACUAGUAUCGUGGUUUCUCAACGAAUUCAGCUUCCGAGGUUCACAUAUUGUGUACCAAGAGGUCAUUGCUGUUAUCACAAUGCCGAUAUAUUUGCUUGCGACGGUUGCCCCCAUUUUUAGCCGCUACGAGGGCUACUUUCUCCCGGUCAACUUCAUCUUCUCCUACCUCUGGAUAACCUCGUUUAUUUUCACUGCUGUCGAUUGGACCGGACAUCUUUGUCGACAGGGCCCGUUGGGUGCAAACCGAUGUUCGAGGAAGAGAGCCGUGGAGGCAUUCAGCUUCAUUGCCUUCUUCUUUCUUAUUUGCAAUAUCAUAGUCGAGGCGUUUUUAUUCGGAGCUUUUCGCAACGACCGCCGCGAAAGCAACGUUGUCACGAAGGAAAGACCGAGCACCGCCGGGACCAGAAAUUCCGCAGCCAGUGCGACACCUGCUGCACCUGGUCAGAAUGGAGCUGCACCGGCUACUCAAGUUUAG